AUGAGUUUCAGAGGAGGCAACAGAGGUGGCCGUGGUGGAUUUGGCGGUGGCCGUGGUGGUCGCGGUGGAUUUGGCAGAUCGAUGCCCCAGGGUCCACCCGAACAGGUGUUAGAAAUGGGUCAAUUCAUGCACCCUUGCGAGGACGAGAUCGUGUGUCGUUCGAUUAAUACAAAGAUCCCAUAUUUCAAUGCACCAAUUUACCUGGAAAACAAGACACAAGUGGGCAAAGUGGACGAGAUUCUAGGACCUUUGAACGAGGUUUUUUUCACCAUCAAGUGCAGUGAGGGUGUCCAGGCGUCCAGUUUCAAAGACGGCGACAAAUUCUACAUCGCUCCCGACAAACUUCUGCCCAUUGAAAGAUUUUUGCCCAAGCCUAAGGUAGCUGGCCCACCAAAACCCAAGAAGAAGAGAACCCCAGGCGCUCCAGGCGGACGUGGCGGUAGUCGCGGUGGUUUCGGAGGCGGUCGUGGUGGCAGCCGUGGUGGUUUCGGAGGCGCUCGUGGCGGUAGUCGCGGUGGUUUCGGAGGCGGUCGUGGUGGCAGCCGUGGUGGCAGCCGUGGUGGUUUCGGAGGUGGCCGUGGUGGCAGUCGCGGUGGCUUCAGCCGUGGUGGAGGUCGCGGUGGAAGAUUUUAA